UUUUACUGUAACCGGAAAUUAUAAAAAGAAAAGGUGAAGGUCAAGUCGUCUGCCAAUUUUGAAGGUGAUCGACAGUGAUUGGAUUUAUUAUUCUCUCGUGUUUUGACGAGUAUUGCAAACUUGUCAAGAUGGCGCAGCAUCUCGCAAAGACAUCUGGCAGUGGGGACAUCCCAGUUAUUGUAGAGCCAGAGAACCUAGCCCCUACAGUGGUGGCCCCUGAGCCCCAGUUUAACAUCAGGGAGAUGGAGCUUGAGGGAGGAUACUAUCGCCAGUGUCAACAGCUCGAGGCUGCAGAUGCCAUGUCACAUCUCGAACACAUGUGCAAGCUGAACAUUGACUCGGAGCCUCACGAAGUGCGAAUGACUGGCAUUAUCUGUACCAUCGGUCCCGCUUGCCGAGAAGUCAGUAUGUUACAGAAGAUGAUUAUUGAAGGAAUGAACAUUGCUCGUCUCAACUUCUCACAUGGAACUCAUGAGUACCACGCGGGCACGAUAGUGAACAUCAGGGAGGCAGUCAAAGGAUUCAGCUCUCCGCGACCGGUAGCCAUCGCCCUGGAUACCAAGGGGCCCGAGAUAAGAACCGGUCUACUGGAAGGGGGAGCUUCCGCGGAGUUGUCGCUUGUGGCUGGUGACAUGAUAAAGAUCACCACAGACGACAAGUACAAAGAAAAAUGCACUAAACAGGUGUUAUGGGUGGACUACAAAAACAUCACAAAGGUCAUGUCAGUGGGAGCCAGGAUGUUUAUAGACGACGGACUGAUAUCUGUCAUAGUCAAAGAAAUGGGUAAAGAUUACCUGAACUGUCUCAUUGAGAAUGGAGGGGAUCUCGGUAGCAAGAAGGGCUGUAAUCUCCCGGGAAUAGCUGUGGACCUCCCAGCUGUGUCCGAUAAAGAUAAAGAGGACCUGCUGUUUGGAGUUCAGAAUGAGGUCGAUAUGGUGUUUGCGUCUUUUAUCAGAAGUGGAGACCACAUCAAGGAAAUCAGAAAGAUCUUGGGAGAGAAAGGAAAGAACAUCAGGAUCAUUGCCAAAAUAGAGAACCAUGAGGGGGUCAAAAGAUUUGAUGAAAUCCUCAAGGAGUCUGAUGGUGUGAUGGUAGCCAGGGGUGACCUGGGUAUAGAAAUUCCCCCAGAAAAAGUUUUCUUAGCACAGAAGAUGAUGAUUGGUCGCUGUAACAGGGCUGGCAAACCUGUUAUCUGUGCCACACAGAUGUUGGAGUCCAUGGUGAAGAAGCCCCGCCCAACGCGGGCGGAGUCUAGUGAUGUAGCCAAUGCUGUAUUAGACGGAGCUGAUUGUGUCAUGUUGUCCGGGGAGACCGCCAAGGGAGACUACCCAUUGGAGGCUGUGAAAAUGAUGCAGAAGAUUUGUAGAGAAGCAGAGUCAGCAGUCUUCCACCAUCAGCUGUUUGAGGAGUUACGUAAGGAGACGCCCACUCCCACUGACGCCACCCACACCGUUGCCAUCGCAGCCGUGGAGGCCUCAUUCAAGUGUAUGGCAGCCGCUAUCAUUGUCAUCACAACGUCAGGAAGGUCAGCCCACCUGAUCUCAGCUUAUCGUCCCCGCUGCCCAAUCUUGGCCAUCACUAGGAUAGAUCAGACUGCCCGGCAGUGCCAUCUUUUCAGGGGGAUCUUCCCUAUCCAUUAUGUAGAUUCAAUCAUGAGUGAAUGGACGGUAGAUGUAGACCGUAGGAUUUACAAAGGAAUCCAGAUUGGUAUGGAUCGUGGAUUUGUCCAGAAGGGAGAUCCGGUUAUCAUUGUCACUGGCUGGAAGCCUGGAUCCGGGUCGACCAAUACCAUGAGGGUUAUAAACGCCGUGGACAUGAAUAACAAGGAUUUGCUGGCCCCUAUCACAGGCAUUACCAGUGUGCCAAGUUUCAACAAAAUCGAAAGUGAUUUAUCUUCAAAAUCUUCUGAAUCAUCUGUUCCCGAGUUAAAAGAGCCAAAAGAUGACGUCAAAUUCUUCUGAGAGAUAAGAAUUCCCUCCACUGGCAGAAAAUCACACAAGACAAGGAAAGAUAACUCAUUUCAAAUAUGGAAUUCACGAAUAGUGACUUGGUUCAGGAGCUUUGAACAACUGCUUUUUUGAAAAUUUAUGUUUAUUUUCUUCUGUUGGUUCGUGUAUGUGUAUGAAAAAUAUUUUUUUUUUAUAAGGAACUAAACUUGUCAAUUUCAUAUUUGCAAUUUUUUUUUUUUUCAAAAUAACUUCCUUCUGUUAUGAAGUACUACAUAUAAAAAUUUUUUUUUUAUACAUAUAUAUGUAUUUACAAUAUGAAACAUAUAUAAUUUUUUUUAAUACUUUGAUGUUAUUUAAACAUGUAUGUUUUAGAAUUGACAGAAUUGUUGUGAAUGUUGUUUUAAAGGAUAGACAAUUGUUUGGCAUUGUGUGGUAGUCUUUAGUGAGACCCGGAGGGAUAGUUCUAGCUUGACAGAAUUAGUGUAAACAUGAAGAUAUAGAUAACCCCUAGGUCUCAGAAUUAGGAUAUGAAUCUCACAAUAAGAGGUUAGAUGUUGAGCUGCUACAAUGGACUUCCUGAUGUAUUUGCCGGACAAUGUUUUAUGUCCAUGAAUUCCAAAAACAAAAGUGUGCUUUUUGAAAUUUUUUUUUAAUAUAUAUUAACAUGCAGUGACGCAAAAUCAUGGAACUGUGUUGGUAAAUUAGCUUAUAAUAUUGGAUUUAACUGGUACAUGUAUUUUCAAUAUGAAUUAGUACAUAUAACGUUAAUUCAGUUAAUGUCAUUGGUAACUUCCAAGAAAUACUGGUCCAUCACCACAUAAAAAUUACACCCACCCCCCCCCCCCCCCUUCACCAAUCCACACCUGUAGCCCUACUCCCUUGCCCCUUUCCACCUAGUCGUGAUAAGGUGAUUUCAUUUUUAUUGAAAAGAUGUACCUAUAUAUUUGGUACAUGUUCCUGUUUUUGCCUGACAGGGUCUGUGUGUGUAUCGGGGUAUGGCCAAAUCAAGAUAUGUGUGUGAAGAAUCCUCUUACCUGAAAAUGCAGCAGUUUUUUUUGUUUUGUUUUUUUAUUAUUUUAAGCUUUCUUUAUGAAAAAUCAAAUAUAUUAUGUAGAUGAAAAUCCUGAUACAUAGUUUGGUUUGCUAAAAUCUAGAACAUCCUUGUUUAUCUAAGAAGACCUUUCUGUUUACUUGCUGAAUAACUCCGACUCAUUUUGCAAACUGUUAAACGGACUUUCUUUCUGUAUUAUUUAAUUUGCAUAUUACUAGUGCUAUAUUUUUUUCCAGGUUUUUGUGGUUUUAUUAAAUCCUCACUGCUUGUUUGUUGAUAUGUUAUGUUUGACAUGGAAAAUAAACUCCGAAUCAGGCUGAAA